AUGGAGUCUUCAAGUUCAGUUUUAGAGCACGUGAACGAGCUUAAGAUGGAAAAGCAAUCAGAUGAACGAGAGGACAGAGCAAACGAUUAUAUGCAUCUGAAGCGUGUGCAAUCCCGAGCUAAAACAUUUCAAAGUCUCCAGCAGAGACUGAGAAACAACAGAAUACGAAUGUCGAUAAGCCAGAAAAAUGAAAAAAAUAGUGAAGUUAAAACUGAAAAGUAUGUCGGGAUAUCUCGCAAAAGAAAAUCCGAAUUAAUAUUCAAAACAGUCGCAACUGAUAAGUGUAUAAAACAACGAUUGUCUAAAAUUUUUGAACGUAGUUCCUGUGAAUGUCUAUUGAACAAUGCUCGUCUGAGGAAAAUUGAUGAAUUAGAAGAAUCAAUAAUCGAAUGUGAAAAAAGAAUGGAGCCAAGAACUCAAAUGCUUUUAAGUGCCUUCGAAGUGUUUGAAAACAAGUUUGAAUUUAUUUUGGAAAAACUGAACGUGACAGAAUUGAUGAACAAGUUUGAAAAGUUAGCAUCAUCGGCAAGCAAAAGCAACAAAAACGUAGUCAGCAAACUUUUUUCAAUCUUUAAAACAAACCCAUCUAGUUAUCUUGUUGCAAAACCUAGUAGAGGUCUCUAUAUCACAUGUUUGAUGCAUUCAUUCGAUAACAUCAUUGUCACUGCUGAUGUGUUGCUUCCGACGGUAAAAGUGGAGUGUGAUGAAGUUUGGGAUUUGGAGAACAAUUUUUAUUGGUUAAUGAAAGUAGUCAGCAAUUGGUCCCACGUCAACAAUUUUAAAUUAGCGCUGAAAAAUGAACUUUCGAUAUCGAAGAAGGUGGAAAAAAAUUGGAACGAGAGGAAGGACAUCCUCAUCCUGAGGUACGCCAUUUUGAAUGCAAUCAGUACACUGCAGGACAUCAUCGGGACAGAAGAUUUGGGCCAUCUGCACUAUGAAAUGAUAACGGAGGGUAGCUGCACCAUGUUUCUACUGGUCAACUCGGACCUUCAAAGAUCAACAAAGAUGUCUUCAAAAACAUCUUCAGUAUUGUCUCUAACUUCACAAUCGUCGUUUUCGUCAUCCUGGCUUCCCGUAACAUCACCAUCAUUAUCGUCAUCUUCUUUAUCUUGGAUGCCAUUGCGAAAAGUUUUUUCCAACGAAUACGUUGGCAGAAACAUACAAGGUUGUAAUUUACUAAAAUUUGUUACGCUGAGAAGUUCUGAUAUUCUCGGGUCAAAUUUGGGAACGAGUGAGCAGAAGCAGCUGGAGCAGGGCAUGUACAUCGGCUACUUGAAGCUGGCAUGUCGUGUACAGGGAUUGGAUAUCCUCGUCUCCAAACAACAUCUUUCAAGCCUCCCUUGCAUCAAGGUCGACGGUGAUGAUGGUGACGAUUCCGAUGAAGAUGUCAAGAUGGUGGUGAAGUACACCAACGUUUUUGAUGAUGGAGAUGGUGCUUCAAUGAGAGACAACAACUUCAAAAAUAUGCUACAGACAAAAUGCCAUCAGCUCAUUGAUACCAUCGCUACAGAAACAUCAACUGUAGCUGUUGAAGAAGAAGAAACUAUUGAAUCGACUACUCCAGCUGCUCAUCGUCUCCACAAGUUGACCUUCCCUGUGAAACGUUUCUUGAGCAUGACCUUACUCGCGCCACCAGCUUCUCUCGUGUGCUCACCUCUGCAGGGCCAUCUCCCCACCCCUCCGCCAUCUUGCACGUACCUCCCACUCAGAACUUUUGAAAUGCUCCACCUCAACACCUACCAGCCACAAAUCUACCGAAAGUAUUGCCAGUUGUCGGUCAUCUUGGAUCUGGUGACAGAAGUGUGCAGACGUCGUAAGAUACUUUUGGAAGCAUCCGGGGAAAGCGAAUCACCUGAUGACAAACUGGCUGAACUGUUGGAAGUCUCCCAUUCAGUACAAGGCAUCCAACGAGAUAUAAACGAGAUCUGGACGAAGUAUCGUUGGUUGACUGACGUCAUCAGACAAGCACGUCUGACGUCAUCGAAAGAUUUUGUUUCUUUGGGACAACUUUUCUAA